CCCCCUCUGGGUUUGAUGAGACCAAAAGGGGAGGGAGGGAACCUCCCACCGUCCGAAUGUCCCGCUCCAGCGGUCUCUCCGUCCACAAAGAACCAGGUCAACCCUGAAACAAACACCAUGUCCUCCUGUAAACACAUCUUCAUGCUGCUCGCGGCUGGAUUGGGCCUUCUGUGUUCGGCAGUCCCUCUGCCCACCGAAGACUCGAUCAUGGACAACAGCAGCGAUCACAGGAACGGAUCGACCUUCCUGUACUUCGCCUACGGCAGUAACCUUCUGAAAGAACGGCUGCAACUGAAGAAUCCAUCAGCUAUCAUUCACUGUGUGGCCAAACUGAAGGACUACAAACUGGUCUUUGGCAACCAUAAAGGGGUAGCGAGUCAGCGCUGGCGAGGGGGUGUCGCGACCAUCGAGCCCAGCCCAGGUGACGAGGUGUGGGGGGUCGUGUGGAGGAUGAACGUGACCGACAUUGAGUCCUUGGACCGUCAGGAGAAUGUGAAAAUGGGGACUUACAGCCCAAUGGAGGUGUUUGUGUCCACCGAUGACCAGGAUCUCCACUGUCGGACAUACAUGAUGAACAGCUGUGUGUAUGCGCCACCUUCACCACAUUACCUAAAGGUUAUUGUGAUGGGCGCGGAGCAGAACGGGCUGCCGGAAGACUACCAGGAGAAACUCAAGUCUAUCGAAACCAACAAAUAUGAGGGGCGGCUGUCUGUGAUGGAAGAUCUGGAGAAAGCUAUGAAGAAAUCCAAAGAAAGGACACGAGAUUCUGUCGGAUGAUUUACCCUCAUAAAUGGUGUCUAUGUGCACCCUUAUCUGUAGUCUACAGAGUGUACAUCACAAUGCUUAAAGACAGGUUAGUUAUGUUGUUAAUGCAGGACAAGAAAAAUGUGCAGUGUUCGUAAUGUAUGGUAGCACAUUGCAAAACAAUGAAAUUCCAUAAAGUAUUUACAUGCCGGCA